AUGCACUUGUAUCUUUUAAGCAGCACUAGAAGCACCCCUUCUACAUCAACGACCGCUGCUCCAGUAGACAGUAUACAUGUCUUCGCCUCCGCGACCACACCAUCUUCACGUUCCGACAUGAACAUCGAGCUGGAGAAGAUAGCCACCACCUGCCUCACUAAUCGAGAGCACGAGUUGUUAUCGGGUGACAUUCUUCGACACGGAAUGGCGCGAAUUUUUAAUGUAAAUUUGAUGAGCGAAGCGCAAGCCGUCAUUGGUAUUGAAGAGCUACGUGCUGUGUUAGGCUUUGCCCCACCCCGAAAUUGGACAAACUAUAAGGAACCCAGCAGAGAGGAAAUCGCAGCCGCCUCCAAGAUCGAGGAGUACUACGAGCUGAGGGAACCACGCAGUAAAAUGCGUAACCUAAAUAGCACGCUAUUCUUUGAAAAGAACUUCCCUCCCGCCAUAGCGUUCUUGGACAUGCGAAUCUCAGCCAUUCGUACCAUUUAUCGACUCAAGUUUGAAGAUAUCCGUCGUCGUCAUGAUCCAAAAUGGAUAACAGACAGGAAAAUCGUUGAUCGCAUGCUUGAAGGUUUUCGUACCACUUCUCUCUGUAUUGACCGUGCAAUUCAACAAAUGUUUCUUAGAAAUUCUCUAUGCCUGGCACUUAAAGGAAUGCUUCACAAUUGA